CAUCAUCAUCAUCAUCAUCAUCAUCAUCAUCAUCGGUAGCAGGAGCGGACUCCUCCCCUCUUUCGAGGACUCGGAAUGCAGGUUUUGGGGCCCGGCCCUUGAAGACGCGCGGGGGCUCGUGGAGGGUCAGCGAAGUGGCGUCGCCUCGCUCUAAUUGAGCCUCGGCCAAUCAACAACAACUCGUUAGCAGUCACCUUCUGCUUCCUCCUCCUGCUCCGGGACACUUUCACCCUCUUUCUCCCCCGCCCACUCUUCCCCCCCCCCCCCCCCCCCUCAACUGCAAGUCCGCCGCUGCUUGACGAGCAUUUACAUGGAACUCGGCGGACUAUAGGUGCACUUUUGACGGCGGCGGGGGGGCGAGCGAGCGCUGCCGGAGCAUGCGAGCUCAAACGCGGACACCCCUUUAGCACAACUCCCCCGGAACCACUUGUGGACGCUCCACGGUGCCUCGCGAAUGAAAUAGCCAACUUUCUACCCACGCCCCGUUCUUUUUAUUUUCCUCUUCCUCCGGGCGAUGACCUCCUCCAGUAAAGACAUGAAGGCGGGCUCCGUGUUGCAGUCCGCCGGCGAGGACAGGAGGCGGCCCCCCUUGGACCAGCUGCCGCCGCCGGCCAACUCCAACAAGCCCUUGACGCCAUUCAGCAUCGAGGACAUUCUCAGCAAGCCCUCGGUCAAAAAAUCCGCCGCUUCCGUCGUAGCGUCGAGCAUGUGUCCGAGUCGGCCGAGGGUUCUGGAGAAGGUGGCCGCCGACCACGCCGCCCGUAACGGCAUCACCACGCCGUCGUCGCCGCUCUGCGCCCUGGAGGAGUUGGCCAGCAAGACGUUCAAGGGCCUGGAGGUCAACGUCAUCCAAGCGGCAGAAGGUCGGGAGCACCUGAACACGUUCGGCCAGCGACAGGCGUCCAAAAAGAGGCGAAAGUCCCGCACGGCCUUCACCAACCAUCAAAUCUACGAGCUGGAGAAGCGCUUCCUGUACCAGAAGUACUUGUCCCCGGCCGACCGGGACCAGAUCGCCGGCCAGCUGGGCUUGUCUAACGCGCAGGUCAUCACCUGGUUCCAGAACCGGCGCGCCAAGCUCAAGCGCGACUUGGAGGAGAUGAAGGCCGACGUGGAGUCGCUGAAGAAGAUCACGCCGCAGACACUGCACAAGCUCGUCGCCAUGGACAAUGCCGACGAGGCUCCGGGAGAGGGCCGAGGGGGCGCGGGAGGGGAAGCCGUCGAAGGCAGCUCUCCGGGCGGAUCCCCGGCCAGGGGGACCAUCCCCUCGCACCGGAUCUUCCCCCAGUCGCCUUCCUCGUCGCGGGGCCAGACCACCGACGAGUUCUCGGAGGACGACGAGGAGAUCGAAGUGGACGAUUGACAUCCUCUUUUUUUUUUUUUUACAAACGAAAGACAUUUAGAAAGGUUUUGUUUUUUAAACUCCCCAAGUUUUGCACGGAUAUUCUCACAAAAGGAGUGUUUUCCCCUCCUUCUUCUUCUUCCCUUCGAUUUAAUUUAUUAUGGGACUUUCAAGAGGACUUACUCUUUUAAUAAACAUUUUAACAGCUCAUCACCUUCUUCAAUUUUUAUUCUUUUGUCAACAGUUUGUAUGAUUGACUGAAGUAUGUGAAAAGGUCAUUAUUUAGAUGAUGAUGAUGAUGAUGAUGAUGAUGAAGACGACGACAAGCCACUGCAGCCUUUUAAACUCUUUCUCUCUGUGUACAUAUACAGUAAAUAUAUAAAUAUACUGUAUAUAAAAAGGUCAACAUGAGAAUUUUAACGUAUUUAAUCAGCAUCUAUGUAAAUAAAGGUCCUAUCAUAUUUCAAGAAAAUAUAAGAUUGAUCCCCCCCCCCCCCCCCAGGAAUGAUCAGAAUUAUUUUUAUUGGCUCAGGAAAAAUCGAGCCUUUUAUUUGAGAAUAAUGUCAUUAUUCCUGCUUUUUUUAAAUCAUGAUGGUUUUUAAAAAAACGAAUAUUGACUAAAAAUGUGACUUUCUUUUGGCUCAGAAUUAUUAUACACUCGAAAUUCGUUUUAAUAGACUAAACUGUAAAACCAAUCGCAACCACGACAACAUCACCAUUCAACGUGGAAGUAUUUUUGAAAACGGAUUUAAAACGCAAUCUGUUUUAAAGUAAUAAACUUCCAAUCAAUAUCCAGAUGAUUUUUUGUAAAAAAAAAAUAUAUAUUGGCUUUGUGUGAAUGAUUAAAGUACCACUUCCGUGCUAAAUUUGAGAAAAUAUAUGACGAAAUGAACCAUUUUUUUUACGAUCAUGCAUCAUGAACCUUGGUGAGUUAAUGUUUUGACUGGAGUUUCAAAAUAUAGAUUCAUGUUAUGUUAUUAAACGUACGCCCCCCCCCCAAAAAAAAAUCGAACUCCAAACUAUGAGUAGUAUCUUUAUUAUUUAUUUUUUAGAUGUUUAGUAUUCCAUAAUGUAAAAAAAAACAUAAAUAAACCACUAUCAUGA